AUGGCAAGGUCUAAAACAAGCAAAACCAUCAAUAUCAAUACAUCUACAUCACCCAUCAUUUCAGAUUCAUCGCCACCAACAAGUAUGAUGUCAACAUCCAAUACGCCAUUAUCACUCAUUGAUUUCAAUAUUUCACGAAUCAAACAUGGACAACAAACUGAUUCAUUUAUACAAGCAAGAAUUUUAGACAUCAAGAAUAAUCCACACAAGUUUCCAGACGAUGUUGUCAAUAAUCAAAUUUUAUACAAAUUAGUGUCAAGAGGCGGUUCAUCCAAAGUGAAAUUACCGUGGAUUCCAACAACAAUGGUGCACGAUAUAUUAUCAGCAUAUCAUGACCAUCCAUAG